UGAACUGGUGGUUGCCCACCACCACCGGGACGUUUCCCGCCAUGGAGCGGGCCGUGGUGCGUUGCGUCCCGGCGGAGCCUAAGCUCAGCGUUUCUAUCGUGCUGCAAGACGGUAAGACCCGGCAUCUGCGCCGAGACCAAACGGAGCCUCUCGGCCAGGCGCUGGCUCGCAUCGCCAACAACGUCAGCAAAGGCCAGGCCAAGAAGGCCAAGAAGAGCAAAAAGGCGCAGGCCGAGGCAGACCCGGGGACGCCGCUGCCGCCUUCUGAGCUCCUCCCGGUUCGUCUUUUCUCCCAGGAUGGGGAAGCCGUGGCCGAGGACGUGCCCAACGAGGAGGCCUGGAAGGACGGGACGGUGCUGCAAAUUGGCGAGACCCGCUACCGCGUGGAGCGCAAUCCGCCCACUCUGACCGAGCUGCAGCUUCCGCGCUCGCUCAUGGCCGGCUUCCCCGUGUGCCCCAAGCUCCGAGUCGAGUUCGGCUCUGCCCAGGACUGCCUCUUCCGUUGGUAUCACGAGGAGAAGAGCGACCCGGCUGAGACUGCGUCGACCGCCGCGAGCAACAGCUGGGUGGAAGCCCCGGCCGGCUCCGAGCGCGUCUUCAUGCCGGCCAACGAGCAUAUUGGGCGCCGCCUGAAGCUCGUGUGCAUCCCGGGCAACGGCGAGCGGCGCUACGGGCUGCCCCGCGAGUUGGAAAGUGUAGGCCCCGUGGAGGCUGGCCCGGGUGCCUGCACUUUCGAGGCGCGGCAUCUCUACACCAAGAAAGUCACGGUGCCCGGACUUAUCCGCAUGGUUUCCUAUAAUAUCCUGGCCGACAUCUACGCCAGGACUGAGCUCUCGCGGACCGUGCUUUAUCCGUACUGUGCUCCUUACUCGCUGGAGCUCGACUACCGGCAAAACCUGCUCAAAAAAGAACUGGCCGGCUACAACGCCGACAUUAUUUGCCUACAGGAGGUGGACAAGUCGGUCUUUGUGGAUAGCCUGGGGCCUGCCCUUGAUGCCUUCGGCCUGGAGGGGCUAUUCCGGAUCAAAGAGAGGCAGCACGAGGGCCUGGCCACUUUCUACCGAAGGGACAAAUUCAGUCUCCUUAGUCAGCACGACAUUGCCUUCAAUCAGGCUCUGCUUGAAGAUCCCUUGCACAGAGAAUUGCGGGACAAGAUGGCUACCUGCCCGCAGGUUGAGGAAAGCCUGCUUAAGCGAUCAUCAGCUCUCCAGGUUUCUGUCCUUCAGUCUCAAAAUGAUUCUUCAAGAAAGAUUUGUGUAGCCAACACUCACUUGUUUUGGCACCCAAAAGGUGAAAAUAUCCGUCUAAUCCAAGUUGCAAUAGCAUUAUCCCAUAUUAAGCAUGUGAUCAAUGACAUGUAUCCUGCUACACCUCUCAUACUCUGUGGGGAUUUUAAUGCCACGCCAUCAACUGGAACAUAUACUUUUGUCAAUAGCGGUAGUAUUACCGAAGAUCAUGAGAGCUGGGAUUCAGAAGUUAAAGAGCAACGGUUUGCUAUGUCUCUAACCCAUCAGUUCAGUCUUAAAAGUGCUUGUGGAGAACCAGCCUACACUAAUUACGUUGGAGGCUUUCAUGGAUGUUUGGACUAUGUUUUCAUUGAUGCAAAUGUUUUGGAGGUUGAACAGGUAAUUCCACUGCCAAGCCAUGAAGAAGUAACUACCCACCAGGCCUUACCAAGUGUUUCACACCCAUCAGAUCAUAUA